CCCGCCCCUCUUUACGGUGAGACCUCUCUUACUGGAGCACAGUUCACUUCCAGACAUUGAAGUGGUGCAGACAUACUGUUCACACAAAGAUGAAGCUGGCCUCGAUAACAGCUUUGCUCUGCACCUUCAGUUUGAUCUCUGUCUGUGUUUCUGAGUUCCACACUGUCGAGGUCCAGCCUGCUGAACAAGUCACACUGAUGUGCUCCAACUUCAGCAGCUUUACCGCUCACAUGUUCUGGUUCAGACUGGACAGCAGAUCCAACAUCAGCCGUAUCUCCUCUAUGUGGAGCUCUGAUUCAAAUGCUUCACUCUACGAUGGAUUUCAAAGUGGAAAAUUUAACAUGACAUCCAACACCACUACCCUCUUCCUCAACAUCAACCAUGUGGAUUUAUCUGACUCUGGACUGUAUUUCUGUGGAUUUUACUCAGAUGGAAAGCCAGUAAUUGUUAGUGGAACAUAUCUAAAGGUUCAAGAAGUGUUUGAUGGAAUAAAGAGUCCGACCAGUGUGAUCCUCGGUGCUUUGACUGUUUUCCUCGUUCCAGUCCUCAUCAGUCUGAUUGUCAUAAUCAGGAGACUUCAUACAGCUGAUAAUGAAGAACAGAAUCCACAACAAACUGAGAAUGUGGACUCUGAUGAUCUGAACUCUGCAGCUCUGAGGUUCCUUCCGAAAACAACAAGGAACAGGAGGCCUGCAUCAGAGAGAGAAGUGGAGACUCAGGUUCUUUAUAGCGCCAGCAGAUAGACACAAGCAGCAAUAGGACUGCAACUCUCAGUGGAACUGAUGCUCUAUAUUCAUCUGCUGCCAGAGUCAAUGGCAACAAUCUUUUAUUGAAUAAAGUUCCGGUACUCAUGGUCAGUUUGCAUUUUCCUCCUUGGGUUUCUUUCCGUCUCUCGCUCAGCAAAAAGUCUGUCUUUCUUAUUGUGUCUGAGAUCUCCAAUCUCUAUCUGAGAGGAACAAC